AUGCGUGUGACUGGUGUUCUACGGCAAGCCGCGGCUGCCAGGACUCCUUUGAUCAGAUUCGUUGGCAAGCGGGCAACUCCAGAGAGCACCGACAAUGCUCCUCGAGUUCACCCCGCCUCUCCCACCAAUGAACUGCCAGACUCCUUCAUGAAAUACCGCUCGCGAGCCCAGCAGCACGGCCCGUUGAACAGCCCCUCUCGAUCUCCUUCAUACGGCUUCAUUGGCGGUUUCUCAGGAGCGUCAUUGGGCCCAGUCCAGCCCAAGCAAGGCGAAUACUUUGACCGAAACGAUCUCCCCGCACGCUUCCGGAGGGUGCCAUGGACUCAAGCAGAAAUUGAGGCUGUUGAGACCGGUGGAGCCAGUUUGUUCGCGUAA